AUGGGGAGGACUACUGAAUACACCAUCGUUGGUCCGCUCACCGAACCUCCCGGACGUUACCUUCCUUCGGUAGUGAAGUCUUUGCCGGAUCGAAAGGAUACCCAAGUGGCCUCGCCCAAUUUACGAACGCUCUAUCGCAUCUCUGCCCAAGAUUCUAACGGCAGCCAUCCGGAGCAACCAUCUCAUCCUUCCACGGCUCUUCCUACUUCGCCGCAUUUACCGCCCACGCCGCCUGGAGCAAGCAAUGAAGACACGACACCUCCCGUUGACGAAGCCGCUUCAGAUACUGCCAUGUUCAGAUCAGCGUUGGUAACUCCGAUCAACCAGAACAGCCCUCCUACGCCAGAUGAUACCCCUCCCCGCGAGAGAAAUGUCCCAUAUGUACGUCCCAUUUUGGGUACAGCGCCAUCGCUAGCUUCCACUCACGCCGAGUCCUUCAAGACUGCUCGAGAAGACAAUGUCUCCGAGAACGAAUCAGAUGCUUAUUCACAGCAGUAUGAGAAUGGGUUUCAGUGGCCAUUGUCGUCGGUAAAUGAAUUUGCUCCCGUCGCACACCGAUUACGACAUGGUGCGUUGCCGCGAUCGCCCUGGGUGAAUGGCGACGAGAAUCGGCCAAUCCCGCGUCAAUCUCCCGAACAAGUUUUGUAUCAAAGUGCUAGAGCUAACAAGACACAUGAGAAUGGUGUAUCGGUUUAUCAGGAUAAGUCACCUACCUUUGACGCGAGUCCCCAAGAUUUGAGUGCUCGAUCUACCCCGGAUGAUCAAUUGAAUGAGGAAAUCGUCCAAAUACAUCUUGAAACAGUUCCCCAUGACCCAGCUGAGAACGCGAAGUUGUCAGCCCCGUUGUCUAAGCCUGCUGGUCAAAAUGGUCUGAGACGUGAUCGGAGCCUUCGCGACAGACUUCUCGAGGCUCAGAGUCAAGACCCGUCGGCAUCGACCGAGAAAUUUGCAAAUAUUAUCGGCUGGAACAAUUCUGUCCCCAUUGAAGAUGAUCCGAUUGAUCAUCGCGAGGCAGGACAUGAGGACCACCGUCGACUGUCGGGUAUCUCGACAGGAUCCACUAUUGAGGCAUUUGUAUUUGAUCCAAAUCCACUUCCUAAAAGAAAGACAACGUUGCGGCAUGUGAGCAAGCACGAAUCUUUACGGUCUGUCAGCUCACCAUUACCGGCUUCCAACCGGAACUCCCUCCAUUCCGCUUCAGACUCUCCGCAUCGCCUGGUUCACAAGAAGGCGAGACUGAGCAACCAAAAUCGGUGGAGUUUCGGCUCAGAGGCUUCGCGGUCACAUAGUUUGGCCUCGAGCGCGGUUUUGCCAAAAAUGGAGGUCAUUCGCGUCGCGGUGAUACCGGAGAGAAGCUCCUCGUUAGGAUCAUCUACUAGUAGCAGCAGCCAGAGACAAUGUCUCUCCGCAGAGUCGGGACGAAGCCACUCCCGCAAGACGUCGGAUAAUCCACCUUCAUCCUGGCAACAUAAAGGGCCUUUUUCCGAGUCCCUUGAUCGGGGUAGACAACCGGUACAGGCACCACCAGCGGUACCUCCCCGAAGUUCGUCGUUUUCUGCGCCAACGUCCGGAACUACUUCGCGAGCCAAUUCGAUCACUUCCGAACAUCUGCGUGUCAAGAGACAACAAGCAGAGAAGGACUUGCGCAAAACUUUAGAUCGAAUGGGGUCCGAAAGACUGGUUCAAAAUCUGCGUGACUGGGGAGCAGAGGAUCAGGUCGUCCCCAUGGUCAACGGAGGUAGAAAAGUGAAUCAGCCUUAUGGAUCGAUGGGACAAAUGAGUGCACAAACCUCUCCCCUUCCAGGGACCUUUCUGAGCCAUCCCGCAGACAAGGGCGAGGUCACGAACAAUGCACUUGGUUUGGUGGUGCCGGGAACGAAGGAAUGGGCUGCCCUUCGGCCUCCGUCCAUCUUGGAGACGCCCUUUUCACAGCCAUCUUUUCAAUCCGCAUCUCCCGAGAUCAAUGAAGCCAAGGCCAUCAAUUAUUUUCCUCACAACAACCAUUCAUUGCAAUUGAUUGAGCCGUUUCCGGUGCCGGAAUCCAAGGCGGUGCGUGAGGUCCAGAAGCAGCAAUUACCACAAGAUGAGGUUGAGUCCCCCUUACGAAACCCACGACGUCCUCCUGAGCCACCUCAAUUCAGAGUAAUUCCCCCGACGCCCGGAGACGAGCUCGACCAGCAACUUGGGAUUGACGGGGCGCAGGUGCAUGGACGAUUCCCGGGGUCUUUAAGACGUCCCAUGGGGAAUCGCCGUCGAUCAGAAUCCUUCAUUAGCUCCAUCUCUCGGAAUCUGAGCCUCAAAAACGCUCGCAAUCUCAAGGCCGAUCAGGAUCUUGAUGGCAAGCUCCAUCCGUUCUGGCGCCCUCGUGCAUUUUGGGACGAUAUCGACAAUUCUCGCCCUGACAUGGAACCAGAGCGCUCUCUCGAUCGAGGCAUGGUCAACAAUUCUCUGGGCCUCCCGCAAGAACGAACAGUGGUUACGGGCCCGGUAUCACUGGUCAGGCGUAUAUCUGAACGACGCCGGCAGAAGAGGGGAAUAGUCAAGCAAUCGAGCCAUGGGAGUCUGGCGAAACUUCGAGCGUCUCGCCGAUUGCACAAGUCACCUGGUUUGGGAUUACAAUUUCAUUUGAUUGGAAUCAGAAAUAUCCAGGAACGACUCGUUCAUGCCAAACAACGAAAGGAAGAUGAGAAACGAGAAAAGAGGAGGGCUGAUCUCAGGCGGAGUAUUGGUGCCAAUGUCAUUUCACAAGGUGAUUCCAGAUUUCCAGCAAGCAAUACCAGUCUUUUCAGGGAUAUUUGA